AUGUGGCGCGCUAGGUGGGAUCCCGGCGCCCUGAAGGCCGAGGCCCUGGCCCUGCUGCCCUGCGGCCUGGGCAUGGCGUUCUCCCAGUCCCACGUGAUGGCCCCGCGGCGGCACCAGCACGGCCGGCUCCUCAUCGAGGUGGACGAGUACAGCGCCAACCCCACGCAGGCCUUCACCUUCUACAACAUCAACCAGGGCCGCUUCCAGCCGCCGCACGUGCAGAUGGUGGACCCAGUGCCUCACGACGCCCCCAAGCCUCCCGGCUACACCCGCUUCGUCUGCGUGUCCGACACCCACUCCAGGACCGACCCCAUCCAGAUGCCCUACGGCGACGUGCUGAUCCACGCCGGCGACUUCACGGAGCUGGGCCUCCCGAGCGAGGUGAAGAAGUUCAACGAGUGGCUGGGCAGCCUGCCUUACGAGUACAAGAUCGUGAUCGCCGGCAACCACGAGCUGACCUUCGACCAGGAGUUCAUGGCCGACCUCAUCAAGCAGGACUUUUACUACUUCCCGUCCGUGUCGAAGCUGAAGCCGGAGAACUAUGAGAACGUGCAGUCGCUGCUGACCAACUGCAUCUACCUGCAGGACUCGGAGGUCACCGUGCGGGGCUUCCGGAUCUACGGCUCCCCGUGGCAGCCCUGGUUUUACGGCUGGGGCUUCAACCUCCCGCGAGGACAAGCCCUGCUGGAGAAGUGGAACCUCAUUCCCGAAGGCGUGGACGUCCUCAUAACGCACGGACCCCCGCUGGGCUUCCUGGACUGGGUCCCCAAGAAGAUGCAGCGGGUGGGCUGCGUGGAGCUGCUCAACACGGUGCAGAGGCGCGUCCAGCCGCGGCUGCACGUCUUCGGCCACAUCCAUGAAGGGUACGGUGUCAUGGCGGAUGGGACCACCACCUACGUGAAUGCGUCCGUGUGCACCGUGAACUACCAGCCUGUGAACCCACCCAUAGUCAUCGACCUGCCCACGCCCCGGACCUCCUGA